AUGUGUGUCUUUUGGGUUCAAUACAGGGAGUACGAAGCCAAGUGGGAAGCUUGGAAAGAGAAUCUUCUUCAGAGGCGAACACAGAUGAGGCGCAAGCGAGAGGCUGCGUGCAGGCAGCAACAGCUGCAGCAGCAAGCUUCUCCGACUGCUCAAGGAGCACAGACACAGGCAAGGGUUAAAGAUUCACAAAUAUCCGGAGCAAGUCCUCUACCUGGGCUGGAAACUAGCAAGACGGGCUCUGCUGACAGCACUCCUGUUCGUGGGAGCACUGCUGCUGGGCGACGAGGUGGGGCUGGCACCCCAAGUAGUGCUAGUGGAUACUUCUCUGGUGGUGAUGUAUCUCGAGCAUCAGAAGAAGCCAUGAUGAAAGGAGAAAAGUUGCAGGAUAACAGUGGAUUUAACUUUGCUGCAGUCGGUGGUGGCUUUACGGCCCCGGCUUCAGGAGAUGAUAGCGAGAAGGCUAAUAGGAGUUUUGACAGUUCAAAUAAAGCCAGUUUCAAGGACUCUCAACAGUCUGGGUCUCUUCCCUUCUUGGGAAAAUCAGAUGCAACAGACAAGUCGAAAGAUGCAUCGCAAAAAGAGGACGAACCUAAGGAAUUCAUUUCUAGCAAGACAGUUGGUGGUGGAGGUAUUCCAGGUUUGGACUUAAUAUCUGAGGGUAAAGUCGGGGUUGAAAAUAGCAAUGAACGGAAAGAAGGAAAGGAAGAAACUCAUGAAGAGAAGAAGUCACUUGGAGGUGACAAGGAUGACAGGGAAACCCACAGGUCUGGAUUUAUUGGGCCUGUACCGCCAAGUUUGGAUUCUUCUGGAUCAGGCAACCAAGAGGCUGAAAAGUCAGUUGGUCAGGAUAGUGGGAUGUCGGAAAAGAACAAGACACCAUUCACUUCCAGUCAAGGGAACGGCCCGAAUUCCCAAGGUUUGCUUGGUCCAGCUCCUCAGCAUGGUCCUGGGUAUGGGGGCCCCGGUGGAGGGUUUGGUUCGGGGCAAAACUCUGGGCUUCCUGGGUUCAGAGGCCCUGGUGCCUCACAAGGGCCUAACGCAGCGCCUGGGUUGCUUGGGUUUCCUGGAAGUGGACCGCAGGGGAACUACCAAAAUCAGCCUAAUUUCUCUGGCCCACCUCCUGGGUUUGGGCAGCCACAAGGUCCACCGCCAGGUUAUGGGGGCAACGCUCCACCUUUUGGUGGAGGCUCUAUGUACAAUGGACCUCCUCCAAAUAACCAAAACUUCAGACCUGGAAAUUCCAAUUUUGGUUCAGGCAAUCAAAACUUUGGACUUGGAAACCAACAAGGUGGUUUUGGCCCUGGUGGCCGUGGGAAUUUUGGCAAUCAAGGACCACACGGAAAUCAGCAAGGUGGCUUUGGUGGUAACCAGCCCUUUGGGAGUCAGCAAUCCCAAUUUAGUCCUGAAAAGGGCAUGAACACGCAGCCAGGGCCGUUUGGAGGAAAUCCACUGGGGAUGCACGGUCCUGGGGGCCAAGGUGGAAAUCAAAACUUCAACAAUCGAGGGCCUGCUGGUGGCCCUGGUCCCUUCGGCCCAAAUCAGCUGAACCCACAAGCCUUUGGUGGAAGUGGUGGUGUGGGUGGGUUUCCUACAAAUCUGAACCCUCAAGCAUUCGGCACGCCGCCUGGACCACCAUCUGGAAACCAGAAUUUUGGAAAUAAACCUCCACCGCUGUUUGGUAAUAAAGCAGGAGGUAGUGGAGGAUUUGGUCUGAAUAACCAGGGGCCUGGUGGAUCUAGUGGUCCAAGUGGUGUAGGGGGACCAGGGGGUUCUGGAGGACCAAGUGGUCCUGGGGCACCAAGUGGUCCAGGGGGACCCAGUGGUCCAGGGGGACCCAGUGGUCCCGGGGGACCGAGCGGCCCUGGAGGGCCUAGUGGUCCUGGAGGACCCAGUGGUCCUGGGGGACCCAGUGGUCCCGGAGGGCCUGGUGGUCCAGGAGCUCAAACUGGUCCAGGUGGUCCUAGGGUGCCGGGUGGUCCUGGAGGACCAGGUGGGCCCCCUUUUGGUGGCCCUCCGGGAAGUUGGAAAGACAAUGAAAAAGGGGGCUGGAACAGAGACGGACCAGGCCGUGAGAAUUUUCCUGGAGAUCGGGACAACAGAGACAAUUUCUCUCGUGACUUCCGUGACCGUGAAGGCUUUCCUGGCUCAAGAGACAAUUUUGAUGGCCCUCCAAGAGAUGGCUUCUUUGGUGGAGGAGCGAAGGACCGCUUUGCUACCCCAGGUGAGCAGGGCGGCUCUGGUCGAGAUUUUGAAGGGCGAGGUCCAAGAGAAGACAGAGACUAUAGAGGAGAAUUUGAAGGGAGGGGUGGAAGAGGUAGGGGACGUGGAUUUGGUACUUGGCAAGGAGACCGUGGGGGUGGUAGAGGAGGGGCUGGGCCGGGUGGAGGUCGUGGGCGCUUCAGAGAUGAGCCUGGAAUGAACAUGGAUGCACCACCAUCAUUGUUGGGAGAUGGCCCCAUGUCUGAAGGAUCGAGGCCCUGGGAUCGCAAGCCUGAGAAAGAAGAUUCUUUCAGAGACAGGUGGAUGGAUGAUGGACCUCCACGCCGCUUCACUGAGCCCCCACCUCCAAAGGGAUGGAUGGGCCCAAAGGGUGGUGAAAAUCGCCCUUGGACUAGCGGGAGUGCUGGUGGCGUCAGCAGCGGUGCCGGUGGCGGCGGCAGUGGCAGAGGGGAUGAUCGCUUUGGAGGCCCCAGAGGCCCCUGGGAUAGGGCCCCUGAAUGGGAGAAGUUGGAGCCAGCAACCGUUGUGGACUAUGGACAUAGACCUGCUGCUGGUGAUACUGGCAACGCCUUUCAAGAGCCAGUGCAGACCUUUGAGUACGGUCAUGGGUCUUCUGCCAGGCGACCAGAGGGUGGGCCUCCAGGAGCACCCGGACCAGGAGGACCCCCUCCACCUAGGCCUUCAGAACCAUGGCGACGGGAUGAACCACCUCCAAACUUCAGAGGAAACAGAGACAGAGAUGACCGGUUCCACAGAGGAGACCGUGAGUGGGGCCGUGGUGGAGGAGGCCCUGGUGGGGGUGGAGGAGGAGGAGGAGGAUGGGAUCAUGAUCGAGAAUUUGGCAAACGAGAACCAGGAAGAUGGGAACGUGAUCGGGACCGAGACAGAGGUCGGUCAGAUAUGGAUUCGAACAGAGACCGAGAUCGUGACAGAGACAGGGAAAGAGAUAGAGACCGAGAUCGUGAUCGUGACCGAGAAGACAAGGGACGCUGGGGAGAUGAUGGAGACAGAGGUCGCUCGGGGCCAGGGGACCAAUGGGGGAGAGGUCGGCGUGACCGCGACCACCGGGACCACCGGGACCACCGCUCCGGAGAUCACCGUGAUGCAGACAAUGAUUGGAGUGGAAGCAACCGCUCUCAGCAAGAACGCCAGCAAGAGCGACCAGCAGACAACAAUUUUCCACCCCCGCCUGAUGCACCACCACCACCAACGUUUGCAUCGGUAUCCAAUGAGCCUCCUGCUCGUGCUGUGCUCAUAGAAGACCUGCUGUGUCCCCCGGGCCGUGCAUCUCGACCUACCCGCCUCGUGAUGAUUCUGAGAGGGCCACCAGGUUCUGGGAAGACAUUUGUGGCAAAACUCAUUAAGGACAAAGAAGUAGAGAUGGGAGGUUCUGCUCCCAGAAUUCUUUGCCUUGAUGAUUAUUUCAUGGUUGAAAUGGAAAAAGAAGACAAAGAUCCUGAGACUGGCCGUAAAAUUACUUCUAAGGUUAUGGAGUAUGAGUAUGAAGCUGGAAUGGAUAAACACUAUCGUAGUUCAUUAGUGAAAACUUUCCGCAAGACUGUGCUUGAUGGAUAUUUUCCUUUUAUCAUUGUGGAUUGCAUAAAUGAUAAAGUAAAACAUUUUGAAGAGAUGUGGAGUUUUGCGAAGCAGAAAGGCUUCCAGGUGUAUAUCUGUGAAAUGGAUAUGGAUGCAAGUGCUUGCACAAAGCGGAACAUUCACAACCGCUCAGAAAAAGACAUUUUAGAUAUUAUAAAGAACUGGGAAGAAACACCGAAACACUACCUCAGAGUAGAUGUCCGUUCACUUCUUCAGUCGGUAGCGAUCACUGAGGUUGAAAUGGAGGACACCACUGUAGAAGAAUGCCCAGAAGAUGAGGUGAAAGCAGAAGACGGGAUAGCGAUUGGUGAAGUGUUACCUGGCGAGGGGCAGGAGGGAGAUGAGACAUUUUUUCCCUCAGCCACAGCCUGUGUUGUAGUUGCUCUUCCCAGUGGAAGUGGACAUCUUAAAGUUUUUCUUCCAGUAGUAGGUUUUGGAGUGUUUCCAGUGGCAAGAAUUAACAAAACCGGUGUUGGGGAUAAUGAUGUGGUGGCAGCAGCAGCAGCAACAGCAGCAGUGACAGCGGCAUUGGAGACCAUCGCCUACCGGCUGGAUGGCCUCGCACGACGACGAAAGGUGGACGAACAACCCAAGACCUUGGAGGACUGGCUUCAGUUAACGGAUGACUACAAUCGCCGAGGCAGCGGCAAGCCAGGAGAGAAAAGAGUUCGUUGGGCAGAUCUCGAGGAACGGCACCAACAGGAGAAGAUGCGUGCUAUUGGAUUCGUCGUUGGCCAAACGGAUUGGUCUCGGAUGACCGAUCCUACAUUUGGAGAAAGUGCCCUAACGCAAACAAAAUAUAUCUGAAUGUAUUUUAGUGGACCAUUGUGUUCUUUUGUGUGUAUGGGAAGAGUGCAUCAAGUUUCAAACUUAAAAAACUAUGUAUGUAUAUCUAGUUUUUGUUUUAACUAGUUAUGUGCUGUGACGAAAACAGAAUUUUAUCCUGUAAAUGAAUGUAAUGUUAAUGUUGGUAAUAGAUCUUCUCAUUGUUUCUUUUUAUUUGAAGUUUUCUGAAUUACAGAUGUCAAAUGAAGUUUAUUAGUGAGCAUGUGUAAUUUUUAUACUUUGGAGAGGUUAGUAGACUAUUUCAGUGUAUUUUAUGACAGAAUUGUACAUUUCACAGUAAGAUUCCAUGAAAGCAUUUGACCAUACUUUUAUUUUUUGAUAAUGGACAUCAGUUCUUUUUCCCCUUUCUUUUCCUUCUUUUCUUAGCUAUGUUCUAUUUGGAACUCUUUUACUUUGAGAUUUGAGUUUUACUGGCAAUUGCCAAAUAUUAAUUCUCUGAUCAGUGUGUAAAAGAAGAAGAACAAAUGCAGUAAAUAGAUCAGUUUGUGUAUUUUGAUAAAUAAAACUAUGUUUAAACAGAA